AUGCAGCUUGAAGGUAUUAAGCCUGACGAAACCACGUUAGUGAGUGUUCUUUCAGCAUGCACCCAUUUGGGUGCACUUGAACAGGGGCAAUGGAUCCAUGCAUAUAUAAAAAAGAACAAUUUGAUUAUCAAUUUCAUUUUGGGAACAACUCUUAUAGACAUGUACAUGAAAUGUGGCUAUGUUGAAAAUGCUGUUGAAGUCUUUGAUGGGAUGAGCGAAAAGGCUGUCUCCACUUGGAAUGCGUUCAUUCAGGGAAUGGCUUUAAAUGGAUUAGUUGAAGAGUCUCUUGGAAUUUUCUCGGAUAUGAAAAGAUGUGGGGUUAUGCCGAAUGAGAUAACCUUCAUGGGCGUUCUUGCUGCUUGUCGACAUAUGGGUUUAGUUGACGAGGGAAAAAAUCAUUUCAACUCCAUGAUUCAGGUACACAAAUUAGAACCUAAUGUUAAGCAUUAUGGGUGCAUGGUAGAUCUUUUAGGGCGUGCCGGUAUGCUAAAGGAGGCAGAGGAUCUCAUUAACAGUAUGCCUAUAGAACCGGAUGUUGCAACAUGGGGUGCAUUGCUCGGGGCUUGUAAGAAACACGGAGAUAAAGAAAUGGGGGAGAGGAUCGGAAGGAAUCUAAUCGAGCUGCAUCCCGAUCAUGAUGGCUUUCAUGUUUUGCUAUCCAAUAUUUUUGCUUCCAAAGGCAAUUGGGAUGAUGUAGUUGGAAUAAGACGUGCAAUGAUGAAAGAUCAUAUCAAUAAGACCCCGGGCUGUAGCAUGAUUGAAGCCGAAGGUACCAUUCAUGAAUUUACUGCAGGAGAUAAAUCACAUCCUCGGAUAAAUGAGAUAGAUGACAUGCUGGAUGAAAUGGGAAAGAGACUCAAGGCAAUUGGCUAUGCCCCGAAUAUGGACGAGUUUUUCUUGGAAAUUGAUGAAGAGGAGAAGGAAACUGCUCUUUUCAGGCAUAGUGAGAAGCUUGCAGUUGCCUUUGGACUGAUUACUAUUGAUUCAACAAUGCCAAUAAGGAUUAUAAAGAACUUGAGAAUUUGUAAUGACUGUCAUGAAGCAAUAAAGCUCGUCUCUCGUAGUUUUAAUCGAGAGAUUGUGGUGAGGGACAGACAUCGUUUUCACCACUUUAAGGAGGGAUUUUGUUCUUGCAGAGAUUAUUGGUGA